CUAGAUAAAGCUUCUUUCCUUUACCCUUCCUCCCACUGUAGAGAGGUGCUGAAGGUGCAGAAAUAGGAGAUCAGUUCUCGUAAAGAUUAUUCACCCAUGGUACCCUUCAAACAGUUCUCUAUUGGUUUCUGUGUGUUUCAUACACACAGACCUCCCACUACCGAUGCGCUGGUAAUAUUUAAAUAUUGAAUUGUUUCGUGUGUGAGGGUUUUAUGUCAGGACUUUGUUUAAAAGAAAAGAAAUAGAUGACUCAGGCUUAGUCAUAUGCAAGCCAACCCAACACACACUGCUGCCGAUGGACUUUUGUUGUCAGUCAUCCCUCCUACAACCAAGACCUUUCCUCUGUGCUGCUGAGAAACAGUGAGCGUAAGACAGAGAAGUGAGAGAGAUGGAGAGAGAGAGACACAGAGGCGUAAAACAAUGCUUUUGGAUGAUAAUUUGACUAGAUUGUGAGAUGAAGUGAUCGAUGUGAGAAUUGGAGUGUCUGUUUUAUCUUCUCUCAAUGCCAGGUUACAGCAGAUUUACCACUGUCCCCAAAGUCACUUUAGUGGAUGGCCCCAGAAGUGGAGACCAGAUGGAAAUUGGGUCACAUGACCGCCUCCAGGAAGGCGCGCUGAGCCUGGAACUGACCAAUGGGGUGAAUCGCUACCCUAAUGAUGAUACAACAUCUAUGGAAAAAGAGCAGCAGAGGGCAGGAAGUGUGCCGCCAAGGCAGUGCUGGGUGUCAGGACAUGGCAAGGUCAGUGACACCCAACAACAGCAACCAUGUUGGAACAACAGCAGCGGUACCCCAGGUGAACCCGUCCACCACGCAGAUAUGGAGGAUGCCCACAAUCUGGUGGCUUUUUCUGCUAUUGCUGGCUCCUUGCCUCGUUCUUCCUCCUCUUCCUGCCCCGUGCAGCCUAACACAGCCCAGCUGUAUGAGAAGUUCACCAAGGAGAUGGGUGCUGAGGGGGCUCAAGCCAAACUCUCUGCAGAAGCUCCUGAGGGAAGCUGCCAAUCUCCAGAAGACCUGAACACUCUACAGACAGCACUGAGCCAAGCCAAACAUGGACACAAGCCCCCUAACUGCAACUGUGAUGGGCCUGACUGUCCGGACUAUCUUGAGUGGCUGGAGAAGAAGAUUAAGUUGGCAAACAAUGAGGAUCAAGGUGCCUGCAAGAUGACUGAUGUUCCCCCACACGUACAGCCUCGCAUUCAGCAACCCCAUUUGCAACAUCACCCUCAGCCCUACCCCCAGGUGAAUGGUUGCCACCAUCUGUCUGCUUCAUACCCCCAGCAGCAACAGGAAACUCAGGGCCCUCGCCUAGACCAAGUGCCCUGCUCCAAACCCCCAAUUCCCUGCUCUCCCCAGGUGCUCUUCAUAGCCAAGGAAAAGAACGUCAGUCUUCAGACAGCCAUUGCCAUAGAAGCCCUUACACAGUUAUCUGGUACUGGUCCACUAGCUGCCGGUUCUCCAGGUCAAUCUCCCUACAACAGUAACCUCUAUCACCACCAACAUACCCAGAAUUUCCCAUCUCAACCCCCCAAUGGCACUAGCUUGAUCCCUUCCUCUCCCGGCAACCACUCAUCUUCCUCACGCUCUCAAUCCGUCCCUCCGGGGCUGCACACCAUUCAGCAGGCCCAAGUGUCCUGUGAGCACCAUAGGCCCCAAUCCCAAGGCCACCCACCCCAUGUUUCCCCUCUCCAAUCCUCUACCUCUCCCUUCCCAGGUCAGGGAAAACAUCCAGGCUUCAGCCCUAAUCCCCAGCAGUGGCAGCAGGGCUCAGGCAGAGGCUCAGAACAGAGGAACCCGUGGAUGUGUAUAAAGUCUGAGCCCCAGUCUCACUACGCUGCUGCACCUCACAGUAGCUCAGAUCCCAUGUCAGAGCUCAAACAGCUGCUUGGUGACACCAGUGGUAAGUUCAACAAUGCCCAUUUCAAGCUUCCGGUCACACAGCAGAUUAGCUUGAACCAGAACGGAGGUAUCCAGGGCCAGAACAACCCUGCAUUGGUCAGAAUAAAGCAAGAACCAGAGGCUGGUGAGCACCUCCAUCACACUGCCUCCAUGGGACAUUACGGCAUGGCUAAUGGUCAGCACUACCCGGGCACUCCCCUGUCUCCUGGCCAAGCAGCUAUUAGCCACUCCACUCAGGCAGCUCUGCAACAGCACCUUCACUACAAGAGGAACCUUUUCUCUAACCACUCCCCUGGCUUUGGAGCACCAGGCCCUCAUGCACCUCUAAAAAAAUGGUGGCCACAGAUGGAGGCAGAAGGUUUUUCACAUCUGGCCAUCAAACAGGAACCCAAGGAACCCAAAAAGAGAAAAAGCAGCCAAGGGUCUCCUGUCAUAAAAGCUAUAAGUGGGAUGAUUGGAGUCCCUCCCCUGCCCAAACCCAAACAGAUAAUCAUUAAGAAGACCAAGCAGAAAGCGUCCAUGCCAACCUUCCUGCCUCAAAAUCAGAUAACCGUACAAAAAACACCAGUCCUCAUGAUGGAGAGAGCCCUGGCUCAGACCAGUCUGCAACCAGGUUCUCUCCCCUCUCUGCCCCUCCACAGUGACUCCACUCAGGCUGCUGCUGCAGGCCUCCCUGCCCCAGUCCAAUCUCAGGUAUCCAUUUCCAACUACUCAAUUAUUCCCUCUUCCACUGUUUCUGCUUUGUCAGAAAACACUCCAGCCCCCAUGGGCCCUCUGCCCCCACCAGUGGCCCCUCUAGCCAAUGCUAAGUCAGAGGGAGUUGGCAGCCGUGCCUCCAGCAACACCAGCACCACCACACCUAUGACCUCCACAUCUUCAUCCAGCACCUCACAAUUACCGAGUGUCAUCAACAUAGACCCGAAGUACGAAGAACUUAUCCGUCAGUUUGAGGCUGAAUUUGGGGACUCAGCCCCAGAUGUACCUUCCAGUCAGCCCAUGGAGGAGACUGCUACAGCCCCUCAGCUGAGGAAUCAGUCUCAAACCGGUCCUCAGGACCUCAGUCCCACAUCAUCUUCCACCUCCCAGUCAGCUCCCUUAAUUGUCUCCACUCAAGUCAGCUCCAUACCUCAUUCAGAUGAUCAGGAGAUGGUAGUCAGCAAGGAUAAUUUAGGGCCCCAAAGUGAAGCAUCCUUGAACCAGGCAUCCACAGAAAUCCCUAUGGGGGAUGUCGCUCUGCAUCAUCAGGCCAUUCUGGACAAGCAGCAGCAGCCCAGUGUGUUAGAGGAUAUGUUCAGCGUGCCGUGCUCUCCGCUGCCCAAACGCAUGAAGAUUGAAGCCUCGGGUGAUAUAGCAGUACUUUCCACUACAUGCUAUUCUGAAGAGGACACACCCACUAAGGACAGUCUGCCUUCUUCUCCAUCUCUCAGAGGCUUCCUAGAGUCUCCUCUGCGCUACUUGGACACCCCUACCAAGACCAUACUGAGUACUCCUUCCAAGGAUCUGCAGUCAGAGUUCCCCACCUGCACCUGUGUGGAGCAAAUUGUGGAGAAAGAUGAAGGGCCCUACUACAACCACCUGGGAUCAGGACCUACUGUAGCCUCUAUACGAACCCUGAUGGAGACAAGGUAUGGAGAGAAGGGGGAUGCCAUCCGGGUUGAGAAGGUGGUGUACACAGGCAGAGAGGGAAAAAGCUCACAAGGAUGUCCUAUUGCUAAGUGGGUGAUCCGUCGUAGCAGCGAGACAGAGAAGCUCCUGUGUCUGGUGCGUCAGCGUGCAGGCCACCACUGUGCCAACGCUGUCAUCAUCAUCCUCAUUAUGGCCUGGGAAGGUGUCCCAAGGGCCCUGGCUGACAAGCUGUACAGUGAUCUCAGUGUCACCCUCACCAAAUAUGGCAACCCCACCAGCCGACGCUGUGGCCUCAAUGAUGAUCGUACCUGUGCAUGUCAAGGCAAGGACAGUGAAACUUGCGGUGCUUCCUUCUCCUUUGGCUGCUCUUGGAGUAUGUACUUUAAUGGCUGUAAGUACGCCCGAAGCAAAAUACCGCGCAAGUUCAGGCUACAAGGAGAUCGCCCUGAAGAGGAGGACAAACUCAGGGAUAACUUCCAGCAUCUGGCAACUGAGGUGGCUCCUUUGUACAAGCAGCUGGCCCCACAGGCCUUCAGCAACCAGUGCCAGACAGAGUCGAAGGCUCCAGACUGCAGGCUGGGCUUGAAGGAAGGCCGCCCGUUCUCUGGAGUCACUGCUUGCAUGGACUUCUGUGCCCACGCUCACAAGGACCAGCACAACCUCUACAAUGGUUGCACAGUGGUGUGUACUUUAACUAAGGAGGACAACCGUUCGGUGAAGGGGAUCCCUGAGGAUGAGCAGCUCCAUGUCUUGCCUCUUUACAGGAUCUCCCAGACUGAUGAGUUUGGCAGUGAAGAGGCCCAGCGUCUCAAGAUGCAGACAGGGGCCAUCCAUGUGCUUCAGGCUUUCCGCCGUGAGGUACGCAAGUUGCCUGAACCUGCCAAGUCCUGCCGACAGCGCCGACUGGAGGCCAAAAAGGCCAACUCAGAGAAGAAGAAAAAUAAACUCAUGCAGCAGGCAGGGGAGACACCAGAGAAAAGAGUGGUCAAGGCUGAGGUCUGCAUCACUGGUUCCCCUCAACCCCAAGGCAAUAAAGCAAUUAUAAAACAGGAAGUGAAGCCUAAUAUCAAGAAGGAGCCCUUCAAUGGAUCAAUAGAUAGAUACCCUGUGCAGGCAACAGACCCGUUCAACAACAUCUAUCCACACCCUGCCUACUAUGCAAGGGGAGGCCUCCCCCCAACUGGCCAGCCCUCUGCACCAGACGCAGUCAACGGUUACCACCACAAUCUGCCCACAAUGCACUAUGGCUACUACAACUAUCCACCCAAUGCACUUUUCCCCCCUAAGCUGAGGACCUACGAGGGUCGAAAUGGCUCUUUGCCCAAAGCAGGCAGCAAGGCUGUCCAGGUGGACACCAAGCCUGAUAUUCAGAGCCUUCAGGCCAGACUGGCCCAGUCCUACCCCAGCCACCCAGAGCAAGCCAACCAAGCCCACCACAGCGCGUACACCCAGCCUGCGGACUACAACCAGUCCCGUUCUUCUUCUGUCUGCUCUGAAUCCUCCAACAGAGGCACUCCAGUCAUCAAACAGGAGCCUAUGGAUGUAACAGUCUAUGAAGGCACAAUGCAGAGCCAGGCUGGUGUCAGCACACCUAGCACCACCCCCAAGCCUGCAGCCUGGCCUGGGCACAAGCUUAAUGGAAGUAUCGUAACUAAACUAAGUCCUGAAGCCUCGUUGUUGAACCCGGACAAGCAGCAGUUUCACCAGCAUCCCCAGCAGCAACAGCCCUCUCCUUACCCCCAGCAGUGGACACACCCUGGCUCAAAUGCCCUGAUGGUUUCUCCUGCCCCAUCGCCAUCACUCAAGGUACCUCCCUCUCCAUCGCCGUCCCCUCACCUAGUCACAGCAUUCCCAGGUAACAUACACCAAGGGUCCACACACCCUGGCACCCCACACCCAAGCACCCCUCGCCCAGGUACACCACAGCCUGGCGUCUCUCACUCAGGCUUAGUUACACCACAGCCAGGCACCCCAGGCCCAGGAACCCCCAGGCACUGGGCCAGCCCUAGUCCUAGUCCUCAGCCGAAUGCUUGGGCCAUGGGGCCUAUGGCAUAUAGCCCUGGUUUGAAGCACAGCAAUCCUGCAGGAGCCUACCCUGACAAGAUCUGGUCCAAGACUGGGGAAAGUCGGUGUUCCACUCCCCUCGGGCUCCAAGAGAAGGCCUGGAAGUCUUGUGGAGGUUCAUUGGCGGGCAGUACCCCGUCCCCUGCCCCUGAGGGUCGCCUCUUCCCUGAUGCCCUGCAGCAGUCAGAUCAGGCCUGCUGGAAUCCUGGCCGGGCUGAGAGUGAUGUUGAGAGCACCCAGGGUCGUGAGGAGGAUGACGAUGAGGUGUGGUCUGACAGCGAGCACAACUUCUUGGAUCCCAACAUUGGGGGGGUAGCGGUAGCACCCGCUCAUGGCUCAAUCCUGAUAGAAUGUGCCCGUCGGGAACUACAUGCUACCACUCCUCUCAAAAAGCCUGAUCGCUCUCACCCUACUCGCAUCUCCCUGGUCUUCUACCAGCACAAGAACCUCAACCAGCCCAUGCAUGGCCUGGCUAUAUGGGAGGCCAAAAUGAAGCUGCUGGCAGAGCGAGCGCUGCAGAGGCAGCAGGAAGCAGCUCUCCUUGGCCUCUCCCAGGAUGACAUCAAGGCCCUUGGGAAGAAACGCAAGUGGGGGGCUACAGUGGCAGGUGCCAGUCCUGGACCUGGACAAUGUAAAGACAAGAGGGAGGGGCCAGUGACGCGGUUAGCCCCAACGUUCCACACCUCCUCUAUGGUUACUGUGUCUCCCUAUGCCUUCACCCGACUCACUGGGCCCUACAGCCACUUUGUCUGAGGUCAGACAGACACAAACUGAUAGCUACAGAGUGGUGCAGUGGAGGGCUGGAGAGAGCGAUGAGCAGGAUGAAUGUCUCUCAGCCGUCCCGCAUGUCUGGCAUCUCUCCAUCCUGCCCCCUCCGCAGUCCACUUGGAGGAGGAGGGGACAUUUUUAUUGUUUUUACCUCAUGUCAGGCAGUGGUUUGGGCUUCAGACACACUGCCUGUGGUGCUCUUCCUCUCUCUUCCCUGGAGAGGAACUCCAUUGCUUUUUCUUGUUCAUAGAAUUUUAAUGAUUCUAAUUAUUGCUAUUAUUAUCAAUAUUAUUAUGAUUGCUAUUGUUACUGUCAAUGUUGUUAUUACAGGUAUUAUGAUAAUGAAGACUUGUUUGUUUUUUAUUAUUGCUGUUUUCAUUAAUGUUAUUAUUAAUGAUGUGAUUGUUUUUGGUUAUAUAAUUUUUUUUAAUCAAUCAGUCUGAGUCAGUCAGGCUCAGACAAUUGCUUUUUCCAUGUUUGGAAAAUGUGUACCCCUUUUUUUGUUUUUAUUUUCUUUGUUCUUGUCAAUCUUCCAGCUGUACUUGGAGGAGGAGCCAAUGUCUGCCUGACAAGACAGCAAAUCAAUGUUACAGUAAUCAUAAGUACGUAUAUAAAAAAAACAACCUUUCCCUAGUCUUGCCUUAGAUAGCUAUCUCUAUUUUGACAUAUACAGAUAUGUAUCUUUGAUUUUAAGGCAGUUUAGCCCCCCAUAAAAGAUCAUCACUUAUUAUUAACCUGGGCUCUAUUUCCUAGUUUUGUGUUCAAAUGCACAUUGCUGUGUACUGCCUCAUUUCCACUGCAUGGUUCGGCUCGACUCGACUUAGUUUCAGUUGUUUUUGGUACCAGGUGCUAUUUUUCUUUUCACUGUGGAUAGUCGUUAGUUUAGGCCAGAUUCUCAGCUGGUCGCCAUAACAACAUUGCGUGAAAUUGCUGUGACAUCCUCUUCCAGCAAUACUCGCUGGAUCUUUUCAUCUGCAACAUUCCUGCAUUUUGUCAACUGUAUGGUGUAGUGGUCAGCGUAGUGUACCUCGUAAUUUUUUGCGGGCUGCCAUCUUUUAAUAUCUGGGGCGAGUGAAUAACAAAAUUGCAGUCACGGUAACUUGGCAAUUUAAAAUGGCAGGUUUGUGCAGGAUGUCCUCUGUCACACUCGUGACAAUUCUCUCCGACCAAUCAAAGAUCUGCAGUGUUUAAACUCACUUUGAACCUCGGCCAAAGUGGUACCAGGUACUAUCCACAACUUUUGUUAAUGGAAAACCUCAAAAGAGUAGAGCCGUGCCGGACCAUGCAGUGGAAAUGCAGCACAAAACACAAAGGACAGUAACACUGUACUGGAACCUACCAAAAUCCUUUUUUUUAUUUUAUAUUGUCUGGAUCUUAGUAUCUGCAUCAUUUCGGUUUUAGUUGGGAAAAUCUGUGCAAUUCAGUCUCCCAGCAUUAUGUACAAAUACAAUAUAUUCUAUUAUUAUCUACACAACCGGUUAGAACAGAAGAAAGAAGGAAGGAAAGACAGGGCUCCGCCAAAGUCAGCUGUCAAAGCACUAAGCAGUGGAUAGCAGAAUCUCAUCAGUUGUAUUUGCUCUGGACCUUUUUGAUGUGACCACUAUAAGAGGUAGAACACAUAAAAGGACUCUUUCAAUUCUUUGAUAUUACAUGAAUACAGCUGAAGAGCACUGCUUGUUUUAUGACAGUGCAGAGGCCCUAGAAGGCGUACACUGAAUUUGAAAGUUAUAAACAAAACCGAGUAUCAUGAUUCAAAACGUAGGAAAAUAAUGCCCAGAUUAAAAGUAAUUGCAAUUUACGUUUAACUCUGAUUUGGAGAAAGCGUUGCUGCUUCUCUUGUCGUUAGACGGCGUGCUCCUCCUCUUCUGCACCCCUCCAGCUUUUGACUGGUGCUCAAUUUCCAGCUCUGAUAGAUUUUCAUUCCAUAUUUUCAUGGCACUUGAUGCUGUACUUAGGUGCUCUAACUCUAAUCUGGCUCAACUAGUAUUUGCAAGUGAAUUUGUUUUGCCCAUGGUGGAGUAGCAGAUGGGAUUGGGGGGGAUUUAUUGCUUCAAGAAAUUGGUGGAGGAAAUGCUUACAAAGGCUUUCCUUUGCUUGUCAGGUGUUUCUGUAAUUGUCCAUAUCUGGCACUUCACAGAGGCUAAAAUAAGUGAUACUAUUUGCAAAUUCCAUUUGACCCAGAUCUGCCACAGGUGGCAUACUUUAUCUUACUAUAACAUUCAAGUAGGGAUGAGCACCUCUGGGUAUAAACUCUAGAGAGCAGCACUGACUGCCGUUUCAAAGUGGUGUGUACAAACAAACCUGCGAGCACUUGAGAUCCAUGCAGAAGCCAGUAGAGCCUUGCCUUGCUGCUUUAACCUUCCAUGGCCAGUAGAGGAGGACCUCUCAGCCUGUUUGCUGACCAUGCAUGGGACAUGGGACUCACCAAAGCAGCUCAAGGGAAAGUUCAUCUUUGUCCCCUUGUGGCAAAAAUGUCAUGCUUUUGGGAAGCCCAAUCCUGGGUUUUAGCAGAAGGAAACAGUGUUGGGACAGCAGUGCUUUUGGUGCUCCUACACACACACACACACACACACACA